AUGUAUAUUGAUGCUAUUAGAUUAAAACCUACUUCCACUCCUACACCAACACCAACUCCAUCAAAUGCAGCAUGGGUAUCAAUUGAUACUUUCAAUCAAGAUAGAUGCUAUUCUAGUUCAAACAUUGGUGGUAUUGUAAUUCAAAAUGGUGAUUGUUAUAACAUGAAAACAAUAGUUUGCGAUGGUGAUAAGGUCAUUAUAUUUGAGUACAAUGAUAAACAAUGUACUGAUAGAAAGAUCAAGCCAACUACAUAUCCAAUUAAUCAAUGUGGUCCAACAGGAGCAUGGGGUUUCAGUAAGAUCUAUAGAUGUCUAUCAGCACCACCUGCCUAUCCAGAGCAAUCUUUGGUAAUGUCACACUACAAAGGAUGUGGAUCAGGAAAUACACUUUCAUUCUACCGUUGGAUUCCAACUUAUACCUGCGUUGCUAUAAAUAGAUGGGCAUUGGAUCCAUACACUGGUUCAGGAGCAUUCGAGAUUCCAGAGUCUGAUUCUGCUUCUUAUUCGCAAAGAAAUUCAGACGAUGAUUACGACUCUGAUACUAGAUCGAAACUUCAAAUGUUUUCAGACCAUAUCGAUUAUCUCACUGGUUUGUCUGUUGAGCAUAAAUUAAAUAGUGCUGGAAAAUUCAAGAGUAGCAGUGGAUCUGGUGAUAGUGCUUCUGGUGAUGGUGCAACUGGUAAUACUGGAUCAGGUGGUGACAGUAUUACUGGUUAUACAGCAUUCAGUACAGGAUCAGGUGGAACCGGUAUCUAUACCAGUGGUUCAGAUCCACAAAUCAAUUCUGUUACAUUUGCCAUUGCCGAAUGCAAUCAAACAAGAUUUGCAUACUCCACAUAUAGUGUUGGAUACUCUGCAAGUGGUACUUCCGGUGGACCUCUACCAACUGGAGAGUAUACCUCUGGAGAUCCAUAUGGAUCUGAAAUGACCGCACUUCCAGGUUCAGGAUCAGGAUCAGGCUCAGGAGCUAGCGGAUCAGGUAGUACAACAACCCCACCAAUGGGAUGUAGCGGUAGAAGAAAUCAUCACAAUGACGGCAAUAAUAAUGAAAAGUGUUACAAUGAUAAUACAUUAUUUACAUUAACUUGCGUACCGCCAUACCACUCUAAAAGAAUAAGUAAACUUGCUGUAUUAUCAUUCAUUAUCGUCGAGAUUACAUUGUCAAUCUCUUACAUCGUGAGUCAAGUCGUUGAAAGUUGUGGUGCUAUUAGAUUAAAACCUACUUCCACUCCUACACCAACACCAACUCAAUCAUGGAUAUCAAUUGAUACUUUCAAUGCAGAUAGAUGCUAUUCUAGUUCAAGCGUUGGUGGUAUUGUAAUUCAAAAUGGUGACUGUUAUAACAUGAAAACAAUAGUUUGCGAUGGUGAUCAGGUUAUUGUUAAUGAGUAUAAUGAUGAACAAUGUAUCGAUAGACAUUUCAAAUCAACUACCUACCCAACCAAUCAAUGUGGUCCUACUGGAACUUGGGGUUUCAGUAAGAUCUAUAGAUGUCUAUCAGCACCACCUGCCUAUCCAGAGCAAUCUUUGGUAAUGUCACACUACAAAGGAUGUGGAUCAGGAAAUACACUUUCAUUCUACCGUUGGAUUCCAACUUAUACCUGCGUUGCCAUAUCUAAAUGGGCAUUGAAUCCAUAUACUGGUACAGGAGAUUUCGAGAUUCCAGAGUCUGAUUCUGCUUCUUAUUCGCAAAGAAAUUCGGAUGAUGAUUACGACUCUGAUACUAGAUCGAAACUUCAAAUGUUUUCAGAUCAUAUCGAUUAUCUCACUGGUUUGUCUGUUGAGCAUAAAUUAAAUAGUGCUGGAAAAUUCAAGAGUAGCAGUGGAUCUGGAGACAGUGCUUCUGGUGAUGGUGCAACUGGUAAUACUGGAUCAGGUGGUGACAGUAUUAUUACAGGUAAUACAGCAUUCAGUACAGGAUCAGGUGGAACCGGUAUCUAUACCAGUGGUUCAGAGCCACAAAUCAACUCAGUUACAUUUGCCAUUGCCGAAUGCAAUCAAACAAGAUUUGCAUACUCCACAUAUAGUGUUGGAUACUCUGCAAGUGGUACUUCCGGUGGACCUCUACCAACUGGAGAGUAUACCUCUGGAGAUCCAUAUGGAUCAGAAAUGACCGCACUUCCAGGAUCAGGAUCUGGUUCUGGAUUAUCAGGGGAUUCUAGCCAACCGAUGGGAUGUAGAGAUGCCUAUCGGCAAAAACUUUGA